GCGGUGCCGUGCCGGAGCCGCCAUGCCGGAGGGAACGGGAGCGCUCCGGGAGGUGCUGCCCAAGCAAGGGCAGCUGUCGGUGGAGGACACGGUCGCCAUGGUGCUGUGCAAGCCCAAGAUCCUGCCCCUCAAGUCGGUGUCGCUGGAGAAGCUGGAGAAGCUGCAGAGGGCGGCGCUGGAGGCGGCCCAGGCGCCCGAGGCGGCCCCGCCGCCGUCCGCGGGGGCCGCGCAACCCCGGCAAUAGCGCGGGGAGGAUUGUGCCCGGCGGCACCCGCGAUCGGAGGUACCGCUGUGGAACGGGGCUCCGCAUUAAAGCGCGGCCUGAACGCAGGCGGUGGUGCCGGGCUGGGCGGGGAGGCCGCGCGUCGGGCGCUGCUGCCGUAGAAGUUGCGCUGGUCGCUGCCCACGCGAUGCUCUAAACGCGACUGUAGAGGUACCGGAACCCCUCGGAAAGCGGGAGGAGGCGAGUUCCACAGCUCCCCUACUCCAGGCCGGCCUUCUCAGACCCGCUCGAGCCCUGAAGCGCUUGGCUCCUAGGGCGCAGUAUCUUCCUGGCCCUGGAAUGGCUCUUCCCAGCAUUUCAGAACACCUGAAACCUUGACAUGAAACUGAAAAACAAAGGGGAGGUUUUACCAUGUUCUUGUAAGCGAUUUUUCCUUAGAUCCGUCUUGUUCUUGAGCAAGGGCUUCGCGAAGCUCUGCUGCAAAGACACAUUCACAGUAUCUGCACCAGCCUGGACGCUCCUACGCAAGUCAGUUGUGUUUUCCAAAAUAAAUCUGGUAAAUACUUAC